AUGUCAAUGAAUGGAUACAAUGCACUUGCAGGCUAUAUGGGGACGUAUCCAAGCCUGGCGAUCUUCCGGAGGUUCCUCAUCCUGCACGCCAGAGACCUUCUGGUCAUGCAAGGCGAGAUAAUCAAUCUUGAGCACGAACUCUGCAUGUCCAUCCAGUCGGACCGCGAGGCCAAGGACCCCGUGAAGAACGCGUCCGAAUACGACAUCUCCGCGUUAAAGGGGCCCCAUAAGUCGGAAAGAGCAGCAGAACAAUGGAGCCGGACGCUCGAGCUUCGAAAGCUGCUGAAAAAUUAUGGCAGGUCUACCUCUUUUGCUUCUUUUCGGCUUCUUCUUUCUCUGUGCGAGGCACAGCUUCGAUUCGCCUCUCUCCAGCGUCUGGCUCCGGUGAAGAAGGCCGAUUUGCUCCCCUUACACGAAUGUCUGGGAAUGCCUUAUGGGAGUGGUCGGCACUUUCUCCGGGCUCACGAGUUCGAGACGUGGGACGAGGAACAUAUACAUGAUCUGGCUUCGCUGGAUGGGAGCAACACGCGGAAAGAUGCACUUUCCAAGUUGAUCGACAAGCUGCUCAGGCGCGUCUACCAUCCAGUCAUGGGCCGCAAGUUGCAUGAUCCGCUGUCGGUCGAGGAGGCAUGGGCCAGUCACGGCCAGCCGAGGCCGAUUGUUUACUAUCCUGACGGCCACGUCUCGGUGGCCAUUGACACUUUGAGCACGAUUCUGGCUUCGGUGCUGCCGGCUCUCAGUGCAUUCGGGCUCUUCUUCAUUCAGGACCCUCUGAUUAGGAUGGUGGCCAUUGUGGCUUGCACGGUGCUCUUCUCAACCAUUCUGACACUUGUCGCAAGACCUACCAGAGCCGAAUGUUUCGCCAUCACUUCUGCUUUCGCUGCUGUGCUUGUGGUCUUUCUGGGCUCGAAUGGAUCUGUCCCGUGA